AAGAAACUAGCGAAGAAGAGAACCGGCGUGAAGGCAAAGGCGAGCUCCGGAGAAGUGGACGGCCGUGAAUCCUCCGCAUCGCAUUCGUUUUGUACUCUUCCUCGCUGCCGUGUUUUCGCUCAAACAUUAAUUUCCCCUUUUUUGUCCAUUUCUACCUCUUUCUCGCUCCGUGAACGCCACUCCCCUGGCUUCUACCUCGCCGUCGCACUACUUUUCACUUCCAAUACUUCACGUAAAGAAGGGGCAUGGAUAAAGAUAUUAAACCGGCCACAUCGGUGGCUUCUUUUGAUUACGAGCUUUAUGAAGGAGAUCCCGACCAUCUUAGAACUGUUGUCGCCACCCCAGCGCUGCCCGGUCCGUAUAUCGACCCUGUUUCACUAAAGCUGAAACACAGGAUUGGGCGUGGGUACUUUGGGGAUGUUUGGUUAGCUACACACCAUCAGACGGGUGCUGAUUUUGAUGAGUAUCAUGAAGUGGCUGUGAAGAUGUUGUAUCCUAUAAGUGAAGAUCAUGUGAAGCACUUUACCAGUAAGUUUGAGGAGGUUUGGAGGAAUUUGAAGUCCAAACAAGUGCAAGGUGUUUGCUGGUUGCAUGGUAUGUCUGUUAUAUCGGGAAAGCUCUGCAUAGCGAUGAAAUUCUACGAGGGGUCGAUAGGUGACCAAAUUGCCAGACUAAAAGGAGGAAAGCUUCCUUUAUCUGAUGUUUUGAGAUAUGGGAUCGAAUUGGCUAAAGGGAUCCAAGAGAUGCACUCAAUGGAUAUCCUUGUUCUGAACCUUAAGCCAACUAAUUUCCUUUUGAAUGAACGCGAUCAAGCUUUCCUUGGCGAUUUUGGGAUCCCGUAUUUACUUCUUGGUUUUAAACUACCUGAUUCAGAUUUGGCUUUCAGACUUGGAACCCCAAACUACAUGGCUCCCGAACAAUGGCAACCUGAAGUAAGAGGUCCAAUAAGCUAUGAGACUGAUGCUUGGGGAUUUGGUUGCAGCAUUGUUGAGAUGUUAACUGGUGUUCAGCCUUGGUUUGGGAAAUCUGUUGAAGAAAUAUUUCAAUCAGUUGUGAUAAAUCAAGAAAAGCCACAGCUUCCAAGUGGCCUCCCACCUGCACUUGAGAGUGUUCUCAGUGGCUGUUUUGAAUAUGAUCUUCGCAAUCGACCUUUGAUGCUGGAUAUUCUGCAAGCAUUUGAAAGCUCCAAGAAUGCUGUUUACAGUGAAGGUGAGUGGAUUGGCCCAGCGAGCACCUUGCUUGUAGAAAAACCAAAUAGCAGUGGGUAUACCACUUGGUUCCUCUCAAAGGAUCAUCUUCAAGUGGGUGAUACUGUCCGCUCAAGAAAGGGAUGCAACUCGUGCAAGCCUCAAAAUAUGGCUGUGAUGGAAGGAAGUAUAGUUGGUCUAGAGAAGGACACCGAUCGAGAUGGAUUUGUCCUGGUGCGACUCCCCACUUUGGGAAGCCCUUUAAGGGUAAGUGUAUCAACUCUAGAGAGGGUCACAGAUGGGUUGGCUGCUGGAGAUUGGGUACGCUUGAACAAGGAAAAUAAGAAGCACUCAGCGGUGGGUAUUCUGCACUCCAUACAGCGAGAUGGAAUUGCUACUGUUGGUUUUCUAGGUUUAGAAACAUUGUGGAAAGGACGUGCUUCGGAGCUCCAAAUGGCAGAGCCACUUAGUGUGGGGCAGUUUGUCAGAUUGAGAGAAAGCGUGCUAGCUCCACGUUUUGACUGGCCUCAGAAAGGUGGAGGGGCAUGGGCUACCGGGAAAAUAUCACAGAUACUUCCCAAUGGUUGCCUUCUCGUUGGGUUUCCAGGCAGAUUUGUGCUUGGAAAUAAACCUAACAUCUUCUUGGCCGAUCCAGACGAAGUGGAGGUCGUCUCUUUCGAUACAUGCCCAGGUCUCCUGGAAAAAUACCAGCACGUCGAGGAUUUCCACUGGGCUGUCCGACCAUUAGCAAUCACAUUCAGCUUAUUCAUGACAGUGAAGCUCGGUAUCUUUGUCGGAAAAAACAUCAGCGCAAAACUGAAGAAGUCCACCAAGAAGAAACAGAUUCCCAGCGAUGGCCGCCCUCGAGAUGCUGAGGGCAGUGGAAAUUCGCCAUGGCUUCCACCUCCAGUGGCAAACAUCCUCUUUAAAGAUGGAACUGUUGCUGCUAGGAAUUUCAAGAACAAAGGAAAAGCAGUGGAACAUGAAUCCGAUAAAAACGAAGAAGAAGAAGACGGGUUCAGUGGGAUUGCAGCGGCGCCGGUGACUUGCAUGACAAUCAAGAAACGACAAACCUACAAAAGAUGCGAAGAGUUUUCCGGCGAGCAAUGGAGGAAAGAGAAGAUGAACAGAGCAGAGAGGCUAGAGAAGCAGCUGAAGACGAGAUGGGCGGUUGAAGAAGUGAUUGAAGAGCAACUGAAUCGCUUCCACGCGCAAUACAAUCAGGCCAUGAUCCCAACGAAGCUCAAGGACAUCGCGCAUCUCUUAACGCCGAAAUGGGCGCCGCCGCAGGAACUAGCGGCGCUGUCAUGGUACGGCGAUUGGCGGCCGUCCACAAUCCCUGUCCUCCUCCACUCCCUCAUCAAUUCCUCGUCUUCGUUCUCGACUUCCCUCGCCGCCGACUCUGACUGGGUCAAAACGGUUAUGAAGCAGCUGAUCAACGAGCUGCGCGUGGAGGAGGCCGUGAUCGACGAGGAAAUGGCAGAGAUCCAAGCAAACUGCAUCUUCCAUCUCCCUUUCGGUAUAACCAAGAAGAAGAAGAAGAAUAAGAAAGAUGGAGACGCAUUAGCCUGUGUUUACACCGAGUUUCGGAAGGUUCAUCAGGUACUGACUAAGGCACAAAAUCUGAGGUUGAAAGCCAUGGACAUGGCGGUCAAGAAGGUGCUAAGCCCAACAGAUGCUGCAGAAUUCUUAGUUGCGUUUGCGAAGAUUCAAGAUUUGAUCCACCAACACGCCAUGAACAUGAAGCUCACAAAUGGCCCAAUUUCUGUACCCACCAAGUAACAGAUCGAUCAGAUCACCUCAGAAUCAAACAUUAGUUCAGAAAAAUUUGUACGCACUUGAGAUGUAUAUAAUGUGUACUGUUGUUUCGUUUUAGAGCUUUGUUGAACACAGCGUGUUAGAACAGAUGAAAAGAAACUCCAUUUCCACUUCUUAGCUUGUUGAUGCAUGCUAAAGGACAGAAAAUUAAAAUAGAAAAUGGGUUUUCUAA